ACACAGGCAUGGGUGAACUGGGUGGCCACCCAGGGUCCAGACUGAAAGGGGGCCUGAAAAUGGUAAAGUUGGGAUUAUUAUUAUCAUUAUUUGUGGCGAAGGGGGACUGAUACUAAAAGUUCGCUCGGGGCUGCCAGGAGUCUAGGUGCGUUGCUGGAACCAGAAACAAGGUGGUGCAAACUUGGCACAGAGCUGCUCUUGCACCCCCCUCCCACCCUAGUCCUCAAACCAGUUGGUCUAGGAAUGGAGCAUGGGAGGAAAACAUAAAAGCCAAAACCCGGUCCCCAGACACCCUCUUUGGAAGCGUGAGAGGCCGGGGCUGGCAUACUGUCCUCGUGCAGCACGAAGGAGCAAGGAGGUCUGGAAAGCUGCAGCUGGGUGUGGGGAAGUGGAAGGACCUGGCGCCUGGGGGGCAUGCAGCGUGCCCCAAAGUCCCCGCCGGCAUCAGCUCGAGCAAACACAUUGCAGCUAUUAGAAAGGGGCCUCCUCCUCUGCCUUCCCAGCGCUUCCUCCAUGGCUCUGUGCUCUGCUGCCUGUGUCUGGCUGGAAGUGAAAUGCACUAGAGCUGCCGCCGCUGCUGCUCCUUUUUUCUUUUUUUCUUUUUUUUUUGGAGACUCCAAAAGGAUCUUUAUUCCCUUUCAUGUGCCGCCUCAGUCCAAUAGGAAGCCAGCGCCUGCCUGCAAGUGGUCUAAUCUCAAUGAGGUGUCAAUCAUGUUCCCUGGUGGGUGAAGUAAGGUCUUUUGUAACCGCCUCUGUCUUUGGGAAAAGAGAGAGCGAGGAGCGCGGAGAGGGAGCCGGAGCCGGACCCGGACCGCGCUGCAGAGGGACCCGAGCCGCGGUCUGGCUUUGGCUUUGGCUUUGGCAGGGGGGCGGCGCGGCACAUGGAUGUCUAGCCCCGCCGGGACUGUGCCCAGGGAGCCCCCGCAAACAGUCCAAUGAGUCGCAACUGCAGAUCCGUGCAGAGAAAUGGGGAAACUUCACUCCAAACAUGGAUCCAUCUGGUGAAGGCUACAGAGAGACAAUUGGUGAUGAACACUUUCAUCUGGAAGUGGCUUUACCUCCAGAGAAGACAGAUGGAGUUUGCAGUGCAGAUGAAAAGAAAGCAGAAAAAGAAAAUGACACACAUACAAGUUCCAAGAAGCAACUAAAAUUUGAAGAUAUUACCAGCUUGCUUCAUACCAUCUAUGAGGUAGUUGAUGCAUCAGUAAACCACUCUCCAAGUUCAAGUAAAACUCUGCGAGUGAAGCUUACCGUGGCACCAGAUGGCAGUCAGAGGAAAAAGAGUAUCCUCUUAAACCAUACUGAUUUGCAGAGCUCUAGGCACAGAACUGAGAGCAAAGCCAGUGAGGAACUGAGGGGGUCUGAAAAGAAACAGCGAGCUUCUCUCAGAUAUCAUUACAGUGACAACAAUCCUGAGCAGAGUGGCUGCUACCGCCAUUGUGUUGAUGAGAACAUUGAAAGGAGAAACCACUAUUUGGAUCUUGCAGGAAUAGAAAAUUAUACAUCAAAAUUUGGGCCAGGAUCUCCUCCAGCAGCUCAAAAACAAGACCCACCAAGCAGAGUUGCAAAUCAAACUAGAUCCCGCUCUCAUGAACCUGAAACCUUCCAUGCCCACCAUAGGAAAUCUCAAGUAGUGGACCCCAGUCACAUCAAUUUGGCUGAUACUUCAUAUGCCAAGAUUGCGGAAAUACAACAGAGGCUGCGGAAUCAAGACUCAAACAAGCACUUUGUUAGGUCACCCAAGGUUCUGACCAAAAAUGUAGCCUCUGUCCACCCUGGAAGGGUUGUAAGGAAUAAACCUCUUCAAGGGGUAUCCAUACCAUUGGCUUCCCCAACCACACGGGUAGGCCAGAAUCUUCCUUAUCUCCCCAUGCAGUCUCAGCCGGCCUACAAGAAACACAAGCAGCGAGCAAAGGAGAAUCAUCAAAUGUGCAAAACCUUCCAGUCUCCAGGGACAGUUGUAGAAAAAGAACAUGUGAGAGACCUGCCUACUGUCAUUUUAUAUGAAGGUCAAGUUGGACAAAUGAUACAGAGACAUGAACAUCACCACCAUCAUGAGCAUCACCAUCAUUACCAUCAUUUCUACCAAACAUAAAGCAGAUCCCUCCAACAUCCUCUAGAAUCAUCCCAUAUGAAGGAAACAUGUUCCUCUGACGUCAGACUAAGGCAUUACUCUAAUUAAUACUAUUGUUACUCCAUUAAUAUUCAGCUAGCAUAUAUUUUAGAAAUUAUACGAAACUCUCGAACCUUACACUAUUUAUAUGUUGUGGAACUGCAUAGCUUACUUAAGAACUUGUGGAUUGAUUUUGUGUGUGUGUGUGUGUGUGUGUGUGUGUGUGUGUGCGUGUGUUUUUAAAGUGGCUUGUAAAACAGCAAACAGCCAUAUCUUUUUGAGCUGUGAUUUAAUGCAGGUCGUCAACGCACUUCCUUUACAAGUACUUCCUUCAUUGUAUUAGAAAAGAUACUUCAAACAGCGUUGCAGACAUCUAGGUUACCAGUCUGCUGUAUGUUGGCUGAUUGCACGCAAGCCUUUUAUCAGGGGAGCAAUGUUCGAAGGUUUGGACUCCAGAAAUACUCAGAAUAACAGAGAAUACAAACAGCUGCUACCUCUAGUAUUAUUCAGAUUUUAUUUUCUUUUUAUUGAUUGUAAUGUGCUACAGAGGGGUUUUAAUAUACUGCAUUCAUGUAGCCUGUUUGUGUUGGACUUUCACAUCCUUUCAAGCUAUCUUAAUAUUAUUAUAAGGAAAUACUAGCGAUAUUUGUCAACAGAGCUACAUUUUAGAACUUGUACUUUAUUUUUUGAGGUUCUUUACUGACACAAGUACAGUCUGUUAGAUACUGGGUAAUAUAUUUAAAUAUACUUUUUUUUUCUUUUACUUUUACUCUCUGUUCUGCUUUGGAAAACCAAUGGGGAGGAAAGAAAAGAGGAAUAUGUAAAAUGGGGUUUUUCAAAACCAUCACUAAACUUUAGUGCUUGGGCCAUAACUAAUAUUCAUGGUUUGUUUUGGGUUGGGGUGGGAGGCGUGGUUAAAUUAGCAAUUCUUUGUUUUGAGAGAGAAUUGGGGGGAAAUAUACUUUCUCACUUUAAAUGUUGGCAAAUAUAUAUAAAAUAUAAAUAUAUAAAUAUACACACUCUCAGGUACAUUUUCUUGUGUUUUAGAAAUCUGUGGUUUUAAUAUUAACAUUAUAAUUUUUUUUCUUAUGACAGUGACUUUUUAGCUAUGUUAUAAAACACAUACCCCAUGGCAUUUUCUUGGGUACCUACAGUUUGUUUCCCCGGCACCAACUGCUUUGUUCAACUCCCUUUUUAAAGACAAUUCAGUACAUGAAAAACACUGCUCUCAGUCAUUCUGGCCUCUUCCACUUUUUUCAUAUCAAAGGGCUUCCAUUCCAUAGAGUGAGACAAGAUCUACUAAGAUCUUAUUGGCUGCUGAGACAUUAGAAGGUCAAAACAAAUGGGAAAAAUGAGAAGAAAAAGUCAGUACAAUUGGGUUUUGUUUUCUAUGGAGCCCAAAUUUAUAAUAUGUUCAGAGUCAGGUUUUGUACAGAAUGCUAUUUUGUAAGUGGAAAUGACUGAUAAACAACUGCUCCAUUGCUUGGAACUUAAACAUAGAGUUCUGCUCACAUAAAAUGUAAUUGUUCUAUCAGACAUACUUGCUUUUGGUUUUAGUUUCUUCUAAUUAUAUGUUUUUUGUCUAUAGUAUAUAUAUAUUGUGAAAUGUAACUAUCCCACAUUUUUAUGGGCCCUUUAUGAGUAGGGCAUGUUUUUUUACCAGUUAGAGUCUUGAUUGGUCUAAGAUGGGAGAUUUUCCUACUUUUGAGCAUAGAAACUCUUAGAAGGUGGCUGGCCUAUCUAAGGACAAAGAGAUAUCAAUGUUUAAAGAAAAGAAAGCUGAAAGUCUUGCCAACUUGUGGAACUGGGUGGAAUCACUGCUUCUUGGUAAUUAGUUCCAUCUCAUGUCUCCCGAAAUCAGCAACUGUUUAGACUUAUUGUCCCUUUUAAAAAUCUGGUUUAUUUUAUUUUUUUUAGCUGUCAGCAUUGUGUUCUGUUAAAUCUAGCAAAAUGUUUUAAAGUGUGUUUGAUCUGUGUGACAACUAUACUGUUCUGUUUAUUUUUUAAAUUCCUAAAGUCCAAAAAUAUUUAUAUGCAGAAUAUUCUGUAUUGAAAAUAUGAAAAGGCCACAAAUUUGGUUAGUUACCACUGAGUUGUUCUAGUCUAAGCCUAUUUUGCUGCUUGUGUAUCAUUCUUUUUCAAUGUAUAUAUAAUUAUUGACUGCAAAAAAAAAAAGGCAUUUACAUGUCUAGUAGAAGGAAUAAGCUUAUUUAUAUUAUAGUGUUAACAAAGUCUGAUGUAUUCAAGUGACUUAUGUUAUACCGCAUGCAAACACACGAGUGUACAUUCCAUCUGAGAAGGGAUGCCAUGCUAUUUUUUCUGAAAUGCACACAAUGCUGUUCUCUUUUCAGUAGAGUAUUUGCCAGAAUUCUGCCAUUUUAGUUUUUUUUCCUUUACACAAAUCAUUCCUGGGUGAAAACAUGUAAACCUAGGAAAUACUCAACAUGUGUUCCAAUCGUGUGCCAGUUCUCUGAGGGGAGAGAAUGUAGAAUGGGACAUACAUACUCUAAAAUGCAAAGAUACUCUGCCAGAAAAGAUAACAGCAAAACAAAACUUGGAGGCAAGUGGGCUUUUGAGCUGUUGUAUUACAUUGAACAUAAGUCACAACUUUGAGCUUGUUUUUUUUCCUGAGAUCCAAAAGACAAAUUUUAUCUGGUUUGGAUUCUGUGAAAUACAUAUUUGAAUGUUAAUAACAUGGCAUCCCCACACUACCAACUUUACACUAGCCAUGUACGAGCAGACAGUAUUCUGAUACUGUGUUGCAUUUGUGUUAUGUGCAUUAAGUGUGAAUAACUGCUCAUAUAGCACAGUUUUUUUUCACAAAACCCUAAGUUCCAUAACUUUUAAAAUGUUUGCUUUUCAGUAUUUUGUAUAGUAAAUAUAGAUGGUUUUGACUAAAUGCUUUAUUUAUUUAAUAGCAAAAACUGUGCCAAGAGAAACCCCUGUUAAUUAAAGUUUUACUAGUUCAGAAAGUAUAUUUCCUUUUUUUGUUGUGGAUUUCAGGGGCAUAUUGCAAUUGCUGUCAGUGCUUACAGAUCAAGGGAUCACACUGAUGGAAGAAUUCCCAUUAACUUAAUGGGAAAGGGUCAGGCCAUUGAGAAGAGAGUGUGCUUUGAUUUUAUAUUUGAAGUGUUAAGCCUCAAGGCUCAAGGCUCUCAUCUGCUACCAGAUCUCUGCAGAUUAUUGAUUAUUCAUUUUACCGAUUAUUCCAAAAAUUAAAAAAUAGGAUGCGUUUCAACUUGACCCCAAACAAGCAUUUUUCAGAAUUUAUGGGAAAUCCAGAAGUUGAAAGGAAUUCUUUCCUGUGAAACGGGACAUUUCGUUCCACUCAUAAUAAAGUGUUUUCUUUCAGAUUGGAGCAUUUUUUUAAAGUUUUAUAUGUUUAAAAAUAAUAUUGAAAGAAAUUUUGAAGCAAAAAUUCUUUCAGGUCAAAAACUGAAACAGUAUCAUCUUGAUAAUGUCAAAAUACUUUGCCUUUUUCUAAUUUUUCAGAAUACUCAAACAAUUCAGAGGAUCUGAGAUGAAUUCUUGCCUUGUUUCAUUGUCACCCAGUAUCCAUUUUUUUGAUGGGAAAAGGUGGGGUGGAAAAGUUCCCUCAGCUCUGCCCGGGGAGUGCAAAGUCUGGAAAUAAAGAGCCUCAGAGCUCUUGUUGGUAUUUUGUGGCUGCUUUAUAAAAAGCAAAUCAGUCCGAGGACACAGCAAGGCUAAUAUCUUCAUCCAGUGGUGCCCAUUGACUUCAGUGGGAUCAUGUUUUCUCUCCAGGAGUAUGGUAUUGGAAUCUAUGCCAUGGUCAGACAGAUGUUUUAAAUAUCUGCUUCUUUGCUGCUUCUGUUUGAUGGCUUUGGGCAUGAUUAAUCAUUUUUAAUUUCAGCUCUUGGAAAUUAUAUUGCCAGCUUUAUUAAAAAAUACUAAUUGUGCUUUGUACUUUAUUAGAAUAUUUCAUCAGAGAAUCUCAUGGCACUUGUCUAAACAAGACUUACAAUCUCUACACAUCCUCCAGUCACUGUAGCAAAUAAUAUGGCCCAGUUCAGCCCUCAGAUGCUUAUGUAUGGCUCCACUGGCAUGAUAGCAGAGUGGACCCAUUAAGGAAAUGUUAACUAGAGAGCUACAUAAUUAUUUUAUCUCUGGCAUCAUUAGCCUCACUACUGUAAUGAUCAGGAGCAUAUUUACAGCAGUAUUCUCAUGGAAAAGAAUUUCUGAAGAACACAAGAAUUUAUGGUAAUUUCAAAAAUGUCCCCUGUCAAAAAUUACAUGUUGUAUGUUACACAGUGUAGACCACCAGACAAUAAUUUGAUAGCAAUUUACUAUUAAAAGACAGCCAACCCUCAUAUUCAAGAACUUACCUUUUGCUUCAUGAACACACACACACAAAUAAAUGACUCUUAUUCUCCAUAUGACCUCAUGUACCCCAAUUGCUACAAGAGAUAUUUCAUCCUAUAUUCCAACAAAUCAGAAAGUAGCAUCAUUGUGGUCUCACCUACAAUGAAAAAAUGCAUUAUGUAACAUGAUCUGAAACAUGAUUUUGCCUGUAGUGCAGACAAACAUAUUCAUUUGAAGAUAUAUGCACUGGUCUUAAGUAACCUAUGUUCUCUAGAAUUAAACAAAAUGUGAAAACAUGUUUCAAGUCAUACUUAACAUUGUGCUAGCUAGCACUCAUUCUAAUGUGCAAUAUUCCAUUAUAGACACAGCCAGGGAGGUCAGUUAUGUGUAUGACCCUUUGUGCUUAUGCAGUUAUUGUUAGAAAAAUUGACCACAUAUUCUGCAAGGCCUAUUUUAUUGAAGAGUAAAUAAAAGCAACACAAGGGAAAAUCAAAUGAAAUCUUCUUUCUAAAUGGUUUGGAUUAGAUUUCUGUCUUCUGUUGCUACUGGCCUCAGUACUGGGCCUUGAUUUAGCACAUGAUGAUUAUUUGAGUGCUGUUGAGCUGAUAUAACUUGGUAAUGGUAUUUUUACGUUUUUGCCUUUUAUACAAGUUUUAGGUGCUCAGAGAGUCAAAACGAAACGCCAGGCUGGACACCAGAUAAGUAGAAUAACAUUGAAUUAAUUAUGAAGUAGACAUUACAUAGUAUCACAUAUGCAGUUUGGAUCAUGCUUAUUAAAUAAUAUUGUUGUCAAUCACACUCUAAUCUACUUAUAUAUUUCCAGCUAAUUCAUUCCCAUUGAACUAAAUAAUGGAGAUUAUAUGACUUAGAUAUUUUUCAUUUUUUUGUUUUUGAGUAGAAGGGAUUUAAGGGAUACUUGAUUAUUGUGAGGGUUAGAGCUAGGAAGAGAAAAUGGGAAGAGGUUGAUAGCAAAAUUUUAGAGACAAGGGUAGAGGGUGGAAAAAAGACAGCUAAGAGACAGAAAAGGAAAUGCUAUCUGAAGAAAGAGAAUCAUGUCUGUAGCAUUGUUUGACCCUCUUAUAAUACAAUAUGUUGGGUUCAUAAUAUAAUUAAUAAUACCCAGCGUUUAGAAGGAGCUUUUCAUUAGUAGAACUUAAAACAUUUGAUGAAGGAGGUCAAUAUUCUUCAUACGCGAUUUAUAUAUGAAGUAAUUUGCAUGAGGCUACCCACUGGCAAGCCAGGGACGGAGACAGAAAUAGACUCCUGACUUCCAAACCAAUGCCUGAUUUAUCAUGGGUUCUUUUAGCAGAGGAUGCAUCUCGGUAAGUCUGUUGCAAUAUUUUUAAAGAAAACUUCCUGAGUAGCAGCUGCAGUACCAGCUAAGCUGCUUAGGAAGAGAAUAGUGCACAUCAUCAAACAACAGUGGGGGUUGGACUUGGCUGGGCUCUGCUGAAGGCUUACGUGUCUAUUCUGAAGUGCUAAGCACUAGCUGUUACUUUUGCAGUAGGAGGAUUUUAGUACCUCCAGUGAGUGUAUUCAUAAUCUUGGAAUUAUAGGAAACACCAAAUCAGACCAGUGGCCUGUCUACCCUGCUAUCCUAUCUCUGACAGUAGAAAGUACCAGGUGUUUCAGAACAUACAAGAACAGUGGUAUGGGGUUGGCAAUGGCAAGCAUUCAUGUAACUGUUAUCAGGCACUGGAUAAUUCUAUAAACUGUGAUGUGCAUCGUGCAACAUGCUAGUGAAGUGUGUAUUGUAUCUCUUCUCUAGUCUAUACAGAUGAGAGCAAUCUCCUACUACUGGUAGUUGAUAGGCAUACUGUUUUGGCUGAGCAGUAGAAGCCUGUGCUUUGAUGUUGACAGUCCUGGGUUCAGGCAAUGGUAGUUGUGGGCACUAUUGUAUUUGUCUUUCCCAUGUUUCUAUUAAUAAAAAUACACUAUAUUAAAUCUUGGUGAUUUUUUUUUUUUAAGCAAUACCAAAGUAGGCAAUUUGGGGCCAAAUUUGUUUUCAACCGCACAUGUGUAGCUACUGGGAAUUAGAAGAAAUUCAUGAAUGCCUCAAGGCAAAAUCUGGUCCUUCCAAUGCAGCUUAUACAAGCCUCAAUAUUGUCUUGUACCAAUUUCAGAUAAAUAUUUGAUAAGCUCUUUUUUAUGGUUUACAAAUUUAAAAUGGCAAAUAAAACUUUGUAGAUUAAAACUUA